UCCUCCAGGCUCCUUCACCGUGUGCGAGGUCUGCGCCAUCACCAAUGACUGCAUACCCCUAUUGACAGUGGCUUGUUGACCAACGAUGCCCGCCAGCCAAGGACAUGAUGCGCUGCUGGACCAGCUGCAGGCACAAGUGAACCUCGUGCUCGAGCAAACGGGCCGAGUGUUCGCUGCGGUCAAUACCAAUCCGAAGUCUCCACCAACCGCACAGGUGAACAAGCUCAAGCAGACACUGCCGCCGGCCACGAACCGCUUUCACGAUGCGCUGCAUCAGCUUCAGAGCGAGCUGCAACUCGCGCAACUCGUGCUGCGCCGCGAUCUGGCCAUCUGCAGAGAGAAGACAGGCCAGCAAGCCCGUGCAGCCGUCCAACCCCAGCACGCACAACCCACGACCACACAUUUGAAAUCUGAUCCCUCGACACGGCAGGCCGAAAGAGAAAUUGCAGCGAAUGAAGCGUCCUCUGGGAACCCUGGCGUUCUCGAUCAGCCCCAGGACCAGGAUGUCACCAUGCAGGAACCAAACGACGAGAAGACGACCAACAUUAUUCAAGCUUCAACGAACGACGUCGACAUGGGCAAUCUUGCCUCGGAUCCGCAGCCUGAUGCGACCGAAAUGAAACCUGCUCCUUCGCAAGCUGCACAUACCAUGCCUGUCGCUGCAGCACCGGGUCUGGCUGAUGCCAAGCAAUCCACCAACGCGCUUCAGAUUGACACUAAGCCUGGCGAAAAGCCGCCAGAUACCGCUGUGGGCAGCGCGCCGGGUGAUCUCGACUCGCUCUUCAAUGAUGGCGGCAACGAUGGUAAUGCAUCUUUGACCAAUGAUUUCAACUUCGAUACGAACAACGAUGGGGGCGAGAUAGACUUUGGCGACUUCGGCAAUAACUUCAGCACCGACAACAACGAUAACGACAAUAUUUCAUCUCUGCUGCCGGGUCUGGAAGACUAUGCCAAUACGCAGUCGACGAGUAAUGCUGAGCUGGACCUGAAUGCUCUCUUCGGCACCGGCAAUGACAGUCAGAACAACGGCAUGAAUAGUCAAGGAGCCGGCGAGCAGCGCGACACCACUUUCGACGAUCUUAUGGAUCUGGCCAAUUUCGAUGGCACCGGCCUCGACGAUGGCAAUAACAACAACGCUGAUCUCGACUUUGACAGUAUGUUCAAUUGAUCUUGGAAGAUACUUUAAGUGACACAUAAAACAUACUACCCCAGAACUCUUGCAAUGAUUCCUCGUUUCAUCGUUUCAUCGUAUCCUUCGUGUCGUGCCCCAAUAAACCCUGCAGCCACAUCCUCCGCCCUCCUCGCAAUGCUUUUCGUUUCUUUGAUGAUGAUGUCUAGCUAAGUCGAAAAUGGAAAUAAGAAAGUAGUCUGAAAGAGAUGAAGGUAUGUGCAAUCGUGUGAACGAGUCCUGCUCAAAUUGCCCUUUCGCGUCUUGACGCCACCAGCUUAUUCCCUUCCGCUCGAGUGUGAGUUCGAAAGCUCUGUGCAUGCUGCCUUGCAGGUAAUCGCACAGAUGUCCAGGAGCCGAUGGCUUAAGAUGAGAUGAUGAUGAUAAGUAUGAUAGAUUUCGAGUGGUGAGAAGGCUUGGUCGUAUUGUAUCGUGUUGGAUGUCGUGUGCGGCGGCGCAGCGCCCUCUCAUGGUUGCUCUUGCUGAGUCUCAGUAGUAGAUGUCUCCUCCUCCUCCUUCUCCUCGGUAAUGUCGACGACCUUGUCCUCGCCAGUCACAGCCUUGAGCUUAGGUAGCUUGGCGUCCGGGAUGCUCGGCUUGGAAGUCAUGAUCUGAGCCAGUGCAUCGGUGUACACGAUUGGCAAGUCACC